AUAGGCGAUCCGACAAACACCGAUCAGUCGAUUGAAGACGCGUGUACGCUUAAGUACUUUAGAAGCAUAUUUAUUGUUAGUAAGACUUCAUUUCCACAAUAAUAAACAAAGUCGUAGGUGAAAUGGCGUCGGUUGAGCAAAACGGUGGAAAAAAUGGUACAACUGUACCAAAAGGGAAUAGUGUCGAUAGUGCAGCCACGAAAGCUGAAAAUGUUAAAAAUACUACAGCGAAAUAUGUGAAAAAAUUAAACGGGUCAAUUGUUCCACGUGAUGUACCUAUACCUACGGAGUUCAAAACGUCCGAUAAUAUACUCGAUCCGUUUUGUGAUCCUGCUAAGCCACAAAAAAUAUCCUUUCACGACGUAACUUCCGCAGCAUUUCUGAUCAAAGGUGGUGUUGAGAGAACGCCAUGUCCGCGCUCUACAUUAUCAGAUUCAUAUCGCAUGGAUUUAUAUUUUAAAAAGGACUUUCUACAAGUCACUGGCAGUUUCAAAGAACGCGGUGCUCGUUAUGCCCUACUCUCCCUCACCGAUGAACAGAAGAAGACUGGCGUUAUAUCAGCCUCGCUGGGAAAUCAUGCACAGGCGCUCAGUUACCAUGGCUGGAAGUUAAAUAUACCCGUUACAGUGGUGAUGCCGAAAGCAGCACCUAUGAUGAAAAUUCAAAAAUGUCGCAAUUACAAAGCGAAUGUUGUUGUUGAGGGCAAAGACAUGGCCGAAGCUAAAGCGCUUGCAAUGAAAAUGGCACAGGAUAACGGUCUGCUCUAUAUCAAUGGUUACGACCAUCCAUACAUUAUGGCCGGACAGGGCACAAUCGGUUUGGAGAUACUGGAGCAGGUGCCCAAUCCAGACGCUGUGAUUAUACCGGUUGGUGGCGGUGGACUUAUAGCCGGCAUUGCAACGGCAAUUAAAGCCUUGUCGCCUACUACUAAAGUUAUUGGUGUUGAGUCAGAGAAAUGUCCGAGCUUUUCGAAUGCGAUCGAAAACAAUGGUCCUAUAUAUACACCUAUUGAAAAUACUUUAGCAGACGGUUUGGCGGUGCCUAAGGUGGGCUAUAAUGCCUACGUAACGGCGGUACCUCUCAUUGAUAAAAUGGUAGUGGUGAAGGAGGAAUGGAUUGCUCUAGCCAUUUUACGUUUGGUGGAAGAAGAGAAAUGUGUGGUGGAAGGUGCCGGCGCUUCUGGAUUGGCAGCUAUAUUGGCGGGACACUUGAAAGAACUGCAUGGCAAAAAAGUCGUGAUACUCCUGUGCGGUGGCAAUAUAGACACAACAGUAUUUGGACGAUGUUUGGAGCGUGGUCUCGCUGCUGAGGGACGUUUAGUUAAAUUCCAUGCAGAAGUUAGUGAUCGGCCUGGUGGUAUUUACGAGCUCUGCGAUAUACUCUCACAAUUAGGUGUCUCCAUCAAGGAUAUAAUGCAUGAACGGGCUUGGCUCAGAGACAUCUACACAGUGGAGGUGAAAGUAAUUUGUGAGACCCGUGACUGGGCUCAUAGCAUGGAAUUGAAAAAUGAAUUGAAAAAACGCUACGCAAAUGUGGAAUUCAGUGAGGAGCCUUUGGCCUUAAAUUAUAGCUUAGCUAAUUAACGGCUCAAAUUGAAGCUUGAAUUGCGAUUUAUUUACUUAGCUUUUUAAUAUAAGUAUAUAAAUAGAAAUAGUCAAUAAUUGAACAUAUAUGUAGGUGUGAAGAAAAAGAAAAUAAUCGGUCAAAUAUUUCUAGGCUUUAUACAUCAUAACUUGAAUAGUUAUUUGAGAUUUUCUUUUAUUGCAAAAAACAAAAAAAUAUAAAAUAAAUAUUCUUUCGAAUGAUGCUAACAAGAGAGAGUAGCUAUAACAAAGUAUAGGAAUACAGGUAUAUGGAAUAAGCCAUACCACAGGUAAAAGGAUAGGAGAUAAUAUCUCUCUAGUACGCGCGGUAGCGACAGUCUUUCGUAAAUAGAAUUUAGCUUGUGCAGUGGUCAAUCAUCACCACAGCAUUACAUUGUGGAUAGUAAAAUGGGAACUUGGUAACAAAACUAAAACAGUCACCUGACGAACAGCUGGUUCAGGAAAACUGAGGUACAGGUUCUGAGGCACAAAACACAUUUCGAAAGACUGUCAAAAUAUUUCCCUAAAAGGCGAUGUUUAAAAUUAAAAAAAAAAUUGUGGACAACGCGAAUGACGUUUAAGGGAAGUAUUUUUCUUACAUCAAUUGUUAUUGGUAGAAAUUUUAUAUUUUAUGAAAAGUAAGUAUAGUGACGCAGAUAAUUAUUUAGUAUAAAGAUUUUUCGUAUACAUCGCCUUUUCGGAAAUAACCAAAGAAAAGAAAAUCCAAUUUUUCGAAGGGAUCAUCAGCUUUAUAAUUAAGCACAAAUGCAAAUAAUUGAUGUUUUUUUAUCACAUCCCUGCCGAAGAAAAGACAAAGAAACAAAUUAUUAGGUGCACAACUAGUUUCUCGCUGUUUUUUUUGAUAAAAAUAAAACUUUAUUCUGAAAAA